AUGGAACCCCUAUGGACAGUACGAGCUAGCAAUGCUCCACCAAGGCCAAGGAAGCCACACCACUUCGAUGAAGAAGAGGAAGAAGAGGAGCCGCAAGCUCGAUCGAGUGAGGGAACCCAGUCGAGUGGAGUGCUCCUGAUGGCCGUCUGCCCAUCUCCAGACCACGACCUUGCCUCCCAUCACGGCACAAAAACCCAAAGACCUCUUCUCUUCCCACCACCACCAAUACGUCCUAUUGUCUCUCAUCCAAAUAUAGAGACACUUCCUCCUUCUCCACCACCAAAUCCGUCUUCACCACCAAAUCCUUCUCCACCACCAUCUCCUCCACAUCCGUCUCCUCCACCUCCUCCUAUUGUUAACAAUCCUCAAACUCAUCCGAUGAUCAGUCGUCGUAUGAAUGGGAUCAUCAAACCAAGACAACCACUUUGUCUUCAUACAGAUGUCAUUUCCCCUCUUCCUCGUUCUCAUGUACAGGCUGCUCAGGAUCCUAAUUGGAACGGUGCUGUACAGUCGGAACAUUCUGCUCUUAUUAAAACUCGUACGUGGGAUUUGGUUCCCCGUCCUCCAAAUACUAACGUUGUGCGUUCUAUGUGGCUUUUUACGCACAAGUUUAAUGCAGCUGGAAAGUUAGACCGCUAUAAAGCUCGCCUGGUCGCAAAUGGUAAAUCACAACAGCCUGGAGUCGACUGCGAUGAGACGUUUAGCCCUGUAAUCAAGCCUGCGUCUAUACGUGCGGUCCUCGACGUUGCCGUCUCUCGGGAGUGGCCACUCCAUCAGCUUGACUUGAAGAACGCCUUCCUCCAUGGCGACUUGAAGGAAACCGUUUACAUGCAUCAACCUCCAGGAUUCGUUGACAAGGAGAAACCAGAUCAUGUAUGCUUGUUACGUCGCUCUAUCUACGGUCUCAAGCAAGCACCUCGCGCUUGGUAUACAAGGUUUGCCGACUAUGCUAAAUGUAUUGGUUUCACGCAAAGUCUUUGUGAUCCCUCGCUCUUUGUUUAUAGCCAGGGAAAGGAACUUGCGUAUCUUUUGUUAUACAUCGACGACAUCAUCCUUACUGGAUCAUCACAACCUCUAGUUCGAAAGAUCAUCUCUGCUCUUAGCACAGAGUUUGAGAUGAAAGACUUGGGCAAACUACAUCACUUUCUUGGGAUCGCUGUCACAUAUAAUGUCGGUGGUAUCUUCUUCAUCAACAAAACUAUGCCGCUGACAUCCUCCAUAGGGCUAGUAUGA